AUGCCCACUCAAGUCCGAAUCUUUUCGCGACCUAGGCCUCUCGGCGAGACUCUUGAAAAGUCCAUCAACAACUCCUCGGUACCUCGAUCUAUCCCAGACACUGCUGAGCUCAGGAAACACAUCGACCCGCCCAAGUCGAGGAAGAGCAACCACGACGGUAACUCUAUGGCUGUAUACAGCGACAAAUCCGUCGAGGGCGGUGUCACUUUUGCCGGCCAGGACAAGCUCAAGCAACUCCCCAUUCCCGAACUCGAGGAAACCUGCGAAAAGUACCUUACCGUUCUGAAGCCACUUCAGUCGGCGCGAGAACAUUCCGACACCAAGCAAGCCGUUCAGGAGUUUCUAAAGAGCGAUGGCCCGCAAUUGCAGGAGAAGCUGAAGGCCUACGCUGUUGAUAAGUCCAGCUACAUUGAACAAUUCUGGUAUGAUUCGUACUUGAACUUCGACAACCCCGUUGUCCUUAACCUGAACCCCUUUUUCCUGUUGGAAGAUGACCCAACCCCGGCGAGGAACAACCAGGUGACCCGAGCGGCAUCGCUCGUGGUGUCCGCCCUGGAGUUUGUCCGAGCAGUUCGCAAGGAGGAGCUGCCCCCUGACAACAUCAAGGGCCAGCCUCUCUGCAUGUACCAGUACUCCAGGCUCUUCGGCACGGCGCGUGUGCCCACCGAAAACGGCUGCCAGAUAGAGCAAGACCCCGAGUCGAGGCACAUUAUUGUCAUGUGCCAUGGCCAGUUUUACUGGUUCGAUGUUUUGGAUGCCAACAACGACCUCAUCAUGUCUGAGAAGGAUGUGUCCAUCAACCUCCAAACCAUUAUUGACGACGCCGCACAAAUCCCAAUCCAGGACGCCGCCAAGGGAGCUCUCGGUGUCUUGAGCACGGAGAACCGAAAGAUCUGGUCGGGGCUGAGAGAUGUCCUGACCAAGGAGGAGGGCUCCAACAACGCCGAUUGCCUCGGCAUAGUCGACUCGGCCCUGUUCGUCCUGUGCCUGGACUAUACUGAGCCUGCCGACGCCGAUGCGCUCUGUGGCAAUAUGCUCUGCGGUACCAGCCUGGUUGAGAAGGGCGUGCAGGUUGGAACUUGCACCAACCGAUGGUACGACAAGCUGCAGAUCAUUGUCUGCAAGAACGGCAGCGCCGGUAUCAACUUUGAGCACACUGGUGUGGAUGGCCACACGGUCUUGAGGUUCGCGAGUGACGUGUAUACGGACACCAUACUGAGGUUUGCAAGAACCAUCAACGGUCAGGCUCCGACUCUGUGGGCCUCCACCAGCCCCGACCCGGCGAAGCGCGACCCCGAUAGCUUCGGCGAAGUUCACACCACCCCGCACAAGCUGGAGUGGGACAUGAGCCCCGAGCUCAGCAUCGCCGUCCGGUUUGCCGAGUCAAGGCUCGCCGACCUCAUCGAGCAGAACGAGUUCAAGACGUUAGACUUCAAGCACUACGGCAAGAACUUCAUGACCUCGAUGGGAUUUUCCCCCGACGCUUUCGUACAGAUGGCCUUCCAGGCCGCCUACUACGGCCUAUAUGGCCGCGUGGAGUGCACAUACGAGCCCGCAAUGACCAAGAUCUUCCUUCACGGCCGCACCGAGGCCAUCCGCAGCGUCUCUGAUGAAUCAGUCAACUUUGUUCAGACCUUCUGGGCUGAUAAUCCGGCCGAGCAAAAGGUCGAGGCCCUCCGAGCGGCUUGUCAGCGCCACGUCAACACGACCAGGGAAUGCGCAAAGGCCAAGGGCUGCGACCGCCAUCUCUAUGCCCUCUUCUGCACCUGGCAACGCACCAUCGACGAGGAGCUUGUCAGCAGCGGCAGCUCCAAUGGUUACUCCAGCCCUAUCGAUGGAUACUCGGAGCGUGAUGCUAGUUCCGUGGUGGGUAGCCCUGGCCGGGACUCGGUGCUCUCUCUGAACGGCGCCGAGGUGCAGUCUGUCGGCCGCGCACGAGGUGACAGCACCAACUCACGAAACGGCAACGGCCAGGCCUCGAUGCCGCAGAUCUUCGCGGACAGCGGCUGGGACAAGAUCAACACAACCAUCAUGUCUACAUCCAACUGUGGCAACCCAUCCCUGAGGCAGUUUGGCUUCGGGCCUACGUCUGGAGAUGGAUUUGGUAUUGGAUACAUCAUCAAGGAUGAGGGCAUUUCUAUCUGUGCUUCGAGCAAGCACCGCCAGACGAAGCGAUUUAUGGACACUCUUGAGAGCUACCUACUCGAAGUCAGACGGAUCCUCCGCAUCACCUCCCGCCGCGGCACCGGCGUGCGGCAAACCCGUGCCCGCGAGCUGGAGCAGCCACAGCGCCCGAAGCCCGUCAAGGGCAUUAAGUCCCGCGGACGGCUCAUCACCGCACACGACUCCAUUAAGCCGUCGAUUGCGAGGUCAUCGACGGGAACGCAAUCGCCGACUGAGGAGAGCAUCGCCCUCAGUGAGGAUGAUGAAAUUGGCGGAUACGGCUUCUUCGACGCCGGCAUGCUCCUUCAAGCCCUCAAGGCCCGUGGCGAGAACCUCGAUAUGAUGGAUACGAAGCCCUCGGAGCGGGCUGCUGUGCAAGCGCGCCGGAGGGAGAUUGGCAAGAAGCUGCGGCUGAUCGACUACUAG